AAAAAAAAAGUGUCUUUUGCCCCUUCGAGGAAAUGUUUUUUCGAGAAGGCCAAGCGCUGCAAAUGUUUAGGAGGUGAGGGGAGAAGGAGGUUUCUGGAGCUUCAUGUUUGGCAGCCGGAUCGGGGAGGGUGGGGGCACGAGGAGGGCUCUUCAGACCCUUUGCCCCUUUUGCCCAGGAGGCAAGAGGAAGGUCUCCCCAGCGACUUGGGGCAUCCGUGGAGCCGCCUGCGCUAGUUCCCCCUCGCUUUUCUAGGUUUGAGCCUUGAUAGGGAGAAGAAAUUGAAGUGCUUUGGGGAAGGGGGUCACAAAAGCUGAGGAAGCCUCUCCUUCCGGGCCUGAGGCCUCUCUUCCUUUUGAUGGUGGGGGUCUCGCCCUCUGAAGCCGGCUUUUCGGGGCUCCUGGGCGCGCCUGCGCUUCCUAAGCAAAAAAGGACAAAAGGCCGGCGUCCAUGUUGGCACCAUGACGCAGCAUCUCUCCCGCUUUGCAGCCCGAGCGCUGCCUGUGCUCCCGUCCGCGCUCGCUCCUCCCUCGCAAACACGAGUUUUAUUUUCAGGUUCAGAGCAGAGCCGCCGGCUGGGCUGGGGCCGAGGCUGGGGCCGUAGCCAGGGCUGGGCUGCGGGGUAGCUAAUGGCGGCCGCUCUCUUCCUUCCUCCCUCCUUCCCCGGUUGUCGUUGGGAGCCCGGAGCAGGCGGCGGUCCGUCGGCCGGGCCGAGCCCCGAAAGUCCGCAGGGCACAGCGCCCCGAGUCGGGGAUUGGUCUCCGAGGCCGUUUCGGGGGCCGCGGGCUAUGGGGGGCGUCGCGCGCCGCGGCUCCCGCGCUCGCAUCCGCGGGGCGAGGCGGCCAGACGGGCGCCAUUUCGCGCGCGCGCCGCCCGCGGCUCGGGCGGUGGCGGCCGCCGCGCGCCAGGCGGGAGGAGGGAAGGAGGCGGCGGGGCCGGAGCGGGGGGGAAGGGGAGGGGAGGCCGCCGCCCGCGUUCCAGGCCGCUGCCUGGGGGUAUGCCCCCGGGCCUGGGAAGCUUAGACGAAGACCGCGGGCUCCACAGCCUCCCUGGACCCCGCGCCCUACUCAGGAGCCGCCGCGGCCACGAGGCCUCCCUCCCGGGCGGGAGCCAGUAGCAAAGGGCCACGGGGCCGUUCGAGGCCGCCCCCUGACCCCGAAGGGCUGCUCUAGAGGCUGCGGAGUUUCUCCCCCAGCGGCCCUGCUCUGACCCCAGGCCCUCCCUGCUGCCCACUCGAGCCUCGGCGCCCACGUUUGGCCCCUUAACGGCCCCCCUUUUUCCUAACCUCCCUUUUUGAUAGCCGAGCCCGAGGGGCGGGUGGGCCCCUUUUGUCCCCUGCUUUGAGCGUGAGGCCCUCACGCAGGCCACAGACGUCCCGAGGUGGCCAUGAAGGCAGUGCUGGCCACCGGCGCGCGGGAGGGCUCGUGACCGGAGAAGGGGCCCGGUACCCCCAUAGUGGACGGCCCUCCUUUGGACAGUAGAAGCAGGUCUAGUCUGACUCUGCCAGUCCUCGCAUUAAGGGAGGUGAAGAACAGAAGGACCUGAGAUCUGGGCCAGUUUUCUUUAAGAAAGAAGUUUCUUGACUCGUCUCCUUCCAGGAAAUUCCCACGAUUCCAUCUCACCCAGCCCCCUCCCCCUCAAAGCCCUGUUUCUAGAAUUGGACAAACCCAAAUUUGAAACCUGGCUAGCCGUUUUACCUGCUGUGACCUUGCGUAAGCUGCGCAGUCUCUCAGCCCCAGUUUCCCCAUCCGCACAACUGGGUCAGUGAUUGUCAAAGUGUGCAUCCGAUCACACGGGUGGCUCAUUAAAAUACUCCGAGACCUCAUCCUUGAGUUUCUGAUUCAAUCGGUGGGGCCUGAGAACUCGCAUUUCUAGUAAAUUCUCAGGUGAUCCUCAUGACUGCCAGGUGGAGACAGAUUCUGAGAACCUUUGUGCCGGGUAACACCUUGGGGUGUUGAAAGGACCUGAACUUGUGCACUUGAAGCCCCGGCCUCAUUUCUCGGUGCAGCGUCAUGGGCUUCCUAGUAAUAGCAACUCCCAUUUUCCUAACACAAGCUGAUCGUGAGGGGUCUCCUGCCCUCUUGAGCUCCAGGCAGCUCCGCAGCUGGAGAUAGUGUGGCCCUUGAUCUCUGACCCCUCCCCCACGUGAGCUCUAGUUUGUGAUUACUUUGAUGAACCAUUUGGGUCCCUGCUGAUGGCACAGCCUCCCCUCUUUUGGGUUCAGGCUUCCCAGUCUGAUCGGCGCUUUUCACUUUUAUCCCAUCCCUCAGUGUGGGGGCUGAAUUGAGGAUUGGGGGAGCCUUAGGGUUUGACCCAGAGAUUUUGUUGGGGCAUUGUUGGUGCUUCAUCAAGGGAGGCUGUAGGUCCGACAGCUGUGGGCUUGAUUCUCCAGGGUGCUGGUGACCUUGGGCGAGUCUCCUGUGUAAAGUGAUGAUAAUGAAGCCUGCUGUAAAGGGUGGAGGGCAGAUUAAGUGCGAUUAAGGGGUGCCGGCCUCACGUUCUGGCUUCACAUUAGUUGGCCUUCAUUCCUAGGUGGCUGGGGGUGGGGUGGGGGCUGGGCCAUCUGUAGGCUCCUCCCCCACCAGCGCACCCCAUAGCACGUGGCCAAGCCUCUGGGCAAAGGGGAAGACUGACUUUCUGCCGGCUGGGAGCCAGCACUGUUUUUCCCCCAGUGUGUGAGUUGGGGUGGUGGCCCUUCCUCAAGUCCACAGGCUGUUCCAUAAUGGGUCCUGAUUUAGGGGUUAACCCCCCCCCAACUGGGAGAGUAGAAGUGACUCACUCAAGGUCAGGAGGCCACCACGGGCAGUCAGAGUGAGGUUCCAGGUGUCUUGACUUCCAGCCCAGUGCCUGUGUCCGUGGCACCCCCUCGCCCCAGCUGUCUGGGUUAUUUUGGUCUUCUGCCCGUGCCAGCUGUCUGCUGGCAUCACUGCCCGGGAGCCGGCGAAGCUGUCUGGUUGAAAGUAGCCAGCAUGGUACUUGUAGUUCCUUCUGGCUGCCGAGUCUUGACCGCAUGGGGGUCUUAUCCCAGAUAAGCUGGAUUUGGUCCAUCCUGUCCUUUGCUCCGGUGAAGGGGGUGCAGCUGACUACACUCGGCGCUAGACUCCCUUUCCCCUACCCAGAGUGAGCACUUUGUAAAAGCUGGUGAGGCUCAGAUUAUUAAUAUCCUAUACUAUGAGCCUCUUCCCGCGUUCCACACUUGUCCCAGUCCUAAGGCUUAGAUUCUGUUCUGCCAUUGAUGUGUUCAUUCAACUCCCUUCGAUCCUCAGGUGAUCUUUCUGCCACCUGAUGGUGUCCUCCAUCCUUUCUGAUCGAGUGCUUGGGGCUCCGCGGAGCAGGGGUCUUUACCUCCCGUGGGCACUGGAUGGUUAAAUAAUUGAAAUUCCUCCCUCUCAGCAGCAGCCUGAAGGGCUACUGUCAGUUCCAGUUCCUCCACUCCCGCCCUCGGACCAAUUAGGGAACAAUGAGGGCGCUCCCCUGGGGUCGGGCUGUGAUUCUUGGAAAGGGAGGGGUGUCCGGGAGACCUGGAAGGAUCAUACCCCCUUCUCGCUGCUUUUUCUCUCCCCUUGCCUUUCUUUGUCCCCAUGCUGGUAUCACCUCCUAGGUGAAGGGAGAGGCGGGGCAGCCUAUCAGUCCUCAGAUGGUGGUUCCUCAGUCCUCAGAUGGCGGCCCCGCCCACCGGUCACCCAGCGAGCUCGGGGCGGGGCGUUCCUGGCGCCCAGCCGGUGAAGCCUGCCUGGAGAGGGCCACGCCAGCGGAAGGGCGGCCCGGCCGGAGGUGGCCGGACCUGCCUUACUACUGGACGCCAGGGCCCCGCCCCUUCCGGCCCAUCAGCCAACAGGCGCCGGCGUGGAGUACGACCUUUCGGACCCUCUGGGUGGAGACUGAGCGUCUGCCUGGACUGUGGAGGGCACCCGGCCAUCUCAGAGGCUGCCUGGGUCCAGUGCUCUGUCUCCUUCUGCCCAGUGACCUCGACAAGAUCCCACCCCUCCAGGACUCGUGGUCUCCCCUUGUGUACCAGGAGGAGGAAGUUGGCGGAUAACCUCUUGAGCUGUUUCUGAGUUUGAAGUUAUGAAAGCCGCUUUUUUACUCUGGCAGUCACUCCCUCAACCCUGUUACCAAAUAUCGAGACUGGAGGAGAGCCCUGGCACAGGAAGAGACAGCUUUGAUCCCCCAGGCCACCCUGGGCCACCUCCCAUCUCUGAGCUCAGAGGAUGGCUCCAUUAACUUCUGUCCCACAUGGAGUGGAUGACCCCUCAGGUGUGCCGUGACCUCCGACAGUGUUCCCGAGGCACUAGGGAAGUGGAAGCCAUAGCAUUGCUGUUCACUUCCCUGUCCUGACCUGUCCUGGCCAGACCUUGACCCCACGAGACAGAAGUGUAUCUGGUCCUACUUCUCUCCUGGGGUCAGUUGGCCUCACUAGACACCCUGGGCUUCCCAGAUGGCUCAGACAGUAAAGAAGCUGCCUGCAAUGCAGGAGACCUGGGUUCAGUCCUUGAGUUGGGAAGAUCUCCUGGAGAAGAGAACGGCUACCCACUCCAGUAUGCUUGCCUGGAGAAUCCCAUGAAUAAAGGAGCCUAGCAGGCUGCAGUCCACAGGAUUACAAAGAGUCGGACAUGACUGAAUGACUUAACACUGGGAGAGCCCCUAGGCCUAAGUGUGAACACAAGUCACUUCACCCCCACAGAUGUCACCUGCCAACUCCCCUAGGCUUCUGUGUCCCAACAGUUCUGUGGCAAGAACCAGGUUAAAGAAUUUUCUUCUUCUCCUCCCAAAUCUCUCCAGGAAUUCCUGGUGAAGUGAAGAAUGGCCUGGGUCCUCAGAUCGUCUUACAGGUAAGGGAGUAGGGCUCCGCGGGCCUGUGGGCAUUUCCAGUGCCUCAGCUGGCCUGCCCUGGCCCAGCGCCUCUGGGGAAGCUCUGAGCAGCUGGCCUGGCCACUGGGUAUUUUUAGCUACAAAGCCAGCCCCUGCACCACCACUGGAGCCAGGUCCAAAUCAAACACGCUCCCUGCUGGGUGGGGUUGGGGCUCUGCCAACCUCUUGGCCAGGCAGGGUGGGUGGGCAGGCUGGGGCCAGUGUCAGCUGUCCUGCCUGGGUCCAGGCCAGGCUGGGAAGACCCACUUUUCUCCUCUUGGCUCUGCGUUAUGUCAUUGUUGUAAGUUGAAAUUCAUUUCAUAGAAAAGGUAGAAACUGAGGUCUGAGGACUUUGAGGAAAGUCAAGUGGCCUCCCCCUCCCGACUGGAGCGGUUACCACAGUGUGCUGAGUGGGGUGACCCUUCUAAGUGAAUUCUCCCAGUGACUCUCCCAGUCACUCCCUGAGCUUCAGGAUCCCUGAUACAAGGUCAAGCCUGCAGUUGGCUCAAAGGUCUGUGCUCUUUGAAAGCUUCCAGGGGCAGUCUUUGCUGCCAUCUGGUGGUCAGAUUAUGCCUUGCAGCCGCCGAAAACGUUGACCUGGCAUUUAUGGAACUGCCAGGCUGGCAGCUUCCUCUGAAAAUAAAGUUUACCUGAUCCUUGCUGAGUGCUUGAAAAAUGGGGAAUCUUCGGGGUGGGGGCAAGAAGAUCCCGAGUUGUGCCAGCUCUUCUCUGAGGAAACUAUCAGAGGUCCCAUCCUAGCUGGGAAAGACCCUGCUUUCUCACCUAGCCAUGCCCUGGUGCCUGCCUGGUACACGCCUGCUCCUGGGGAUCCCUCUGCAACUCCGGACCACUGGCCUAAUUUGUGCAAAGCACAGCCCAAAGUGCAGGGAGGGAUGGGGGCAGGGUGGUUUCCUCCAGCCUCCCUGAUAGUACUCAUCCAGAGUAAAUGCUCAACAAAUAUCCGUUUUGGUCAUGGGGUAGGAGGGUUAGGGAGACAGCUUGAGAAGGGUGGGGCAUUGUUCUGGCUCCGCUCACCUGUUCCCAAAGUCGCGGCGCCGAUGCCAUCGCCCGGCAGAGGGCGCCAGACCACCACCUUUGGGAGGUGGGGUGAUAGGUAAACGGAACUGAUAUUCCCCAGCCCACACACAGACUCCCAGACGACCUGAUCAGGUGGGCAGACUUGACCCUCAUGCUAAGAUCUUCUUGGGCACCACUGAUGCUAUCUUCUGGGGGAAAUUGCAGUCAGAGCGGACUUCCUCAAGGCCACAUAAUUGGGGCGAGGCGCAGGUGGAGGGGGGUGUUUCCUGGCUCUUUAGACCAAGGUUCUUCAAACUGGCGUGUUGGGGGACACCCUGCCAAUCAAAAGGCUGUGAUCCAAUGGGGGAGGCCCAAUCGGCCAAUCAGAGGGUCCCUGCCCGAAGACAGCCUGCCAAUCAAGGAUGCCGGGUGGGAAGGGGCGGAAACGAUCGGAUUUUGCCUAUGAGGGGCGCGCAGGGGAGGAGACGGGAGCUGCCACUGCCGCCGAGCUCUCCAUUUCUCAGUUGCCUCAGUUUCCCUGGGAAUGAGACAGGUCAGCCUGGUUGGCUGCCUGGCGGAGGAGGUGCCGACUCCGAGGGCGGGGCUUCUCAGCCCCGCCCCUGGGCCAGUUCCCACCCCGCCUCCGAUCGCUCAACCCCAGCGCUCUACCCGGUGAGCGGCUGGCUGCCGGUGCUGCCGGCGAGUGGCUAUGGACGCUGCUGGGGCCCCGGCCCCGGCCCCGGCCCCGACCGCCGCCCCGGGCUCAGGCCGGAAGGAGCUGAAGAUUGUGAUCGUGGGCGACGGCGGCUGCGGCAAGACUUCGCUGCUCAUGGUGUACAGCCAGGGCUCUUUCCCCGAGCACUACGCCCCAUCCGUGUUCGAGAAGUACACAGCCAGCGUGACCGUGGGCAGCAAGGAGGUGACCCUGAACCUCUAUGACACCGCCGGGCAGGAAGAUUACGACCGGCUGCGGCCCCUGUCCUACCAGAACACCCACCUCGUGCUCAUCUGCUAUGAUGUCAUGAACCCCACUAGCUACGACAAUGUUCUCAUCAAGUGGUUCCCCGAGGUCACACAUUUCUGUCGUGGGACCCCCAUGGUGCUCAUCGGCUGCAAGACAGACCUGAGGAAGGACAAGGAGCAGCUGCGCAAGCUCCGGGCAGCCCAGCUGGAGCCCAUCACCUACACACAGGGCCAGAGCGCCUGCGAGCAGAUCCAAGCCGCCCUCUACCUGGAAUGUUCUGCCAAAUUUCGGGAGAAUGUGGAGGACGUCUUCCGGGAGGCCGCUAAGGUUGCCCUCAGUGCUCUGAAGAAAGCACAGCGGCAGAAACAACACCGGCUCUGCCUGCUGCUCUGACAGCUCCCGGCAGGGCAUGCGGCCCUCACAACAGAACUGACAGGCCCCAGGCCCCCAGGCCCACGCUGCUGCCUGGACCCCGCCCCUGCCCCAGCUCUCGAAGGGCACUUGGCGUCGGGCGCCUCUAGGACCUAGUGUCUGGAGCCUGUGGCCAGGCUCUUGGAACAUUCUGGAACUCUCCUUUCCCAGCUGGAGCUCUGACCACAAGCUCCCCUCUAGCUUGUGUGGUCACAGUGGUGGUGAGGGUGGGGGUUGCUGGACUCGGUCCCUCUGUACCCUGGAACCAGCACUUAUCCCCGGCACUCAGGAGUGCCCUCGUCACAACCAGCCCCCAGCUGUGUGUCCCCCCUCUGCACACCCAACAGGUCCUCCAAGCCCAUGCCUGAAACGAGAAACAACGUCUGGUACGUGGAUAAAUGUGGACUUGGCAGCCUUCCACAGGGCUCCCAAGCCUGUUCUCCCAAGUCACCCGCCUCCCUGGGCCCCCAAGAUAGGCACAGUCGCAUCCUCCAGCUUCUCACUUCCUCCGCCCAGGAACUCGGGCACCACGGUGGGCCUGGGGCCUAUCAGAAGAACACAGGCCUCAGCCCUGGACAUGGGGGCCCUUCCUCCUCCACUUCAUACAGAGGACUUCAGUCUUAGCCUUCAGCUUGGCCACCAUCUUUCCAGAGCUGGAUGCACAGGGGGGCAAAGAACCUCUCUCUAAAUACAAGAAGUAUUCCCUAGACCAUCUAUUUGAUCCCUGCUCAGCGUCUGUGACCCUACCCCAGCCACGACUUGCCAGAAACCCGAGAUGAAAAGUAACAGCGGCUCUUGAGUGAUCUUGGGCAAGUCAGGUCUCUCUACAGAUUUCUUUACCUGCAGAAGGAUGGCACUGGCUUGUCACAAGGCUGCCCUCUGUCCCAAACAGCCCCCCCCUGCUGCUGAGGUGUGGAGACCACACACCAAGGCCAUCCUGGCCUCCUGGGAGAUUAACCCCCAGCACACCUUCACUGAACCUCCUGAAAGGUCUGGGGUCCCAGGUGAUUCUGAUGCCCCAGAGAUUGUGAGCUGGUGGUUCCUGAAUAAGCCGGGGAAUCAGCUUUACCUACUAUGAGAUCAUGGCGUCAGGUGGUUCCUGCCCUCCUUGGUAUCUUCUGCCUCUGCCCCCUCCCUUGCCUAGUGCUCUGGCCUCCACUGGGCCUGAGAAAGAGACAUAAAACUUACCCUACCCCACCUAGGUUUCCCAAGGCCCUGCCAUGCCUAGGGGGAGUCAACAGAGCAUUCAGUCCAGAGCUUCGUGGACAAAGAAAGAAUGGUCUAGGACAGAGGAGGUCCACAAACUAGUCUAUGGACCAAAUCUGGCCACUGCCUAUUUUUGUAAAUAAACUUUUAUUGAAACACA